AUGGAAGAUAAGAAUCAGACAAAAAUGACUGAAUUUCUUUUCUUGGGUCUCACAGACAUUCUCCAAGAGCAGAUUGUCCUCUUUGUCACGCUCUUCAUUGUCUAUCUUGUCACCCUGGGGGGUAACAUAGGGAUGAUCAUUCUCAUAUGGACUGAUCUCAGAUUCCACACUCCUAUGUACUUUUUUCUCAGCCACUUGUCCUUUGUAGAUAUUUGUUCCUCUUCUUCCAUUGCCCCCAAGAUGCUGUGUGAUAUCUUUGCAGAGAAAAAAGGUAUCUCUUUCAUGGGUUGUGCUACACAGAUGUGGUUCUUUGGUCUUUUUGUGGCAACUGAAUGUUUCCUCCUGGCUUCCAUGGCAUAUGACCGGUAUAUGGCCAUCUGUAGGCCCUUGUUGUAUACACUCAUUAUGUCCCAGAGGGUCUGUGUGCAGCUGGUAGUAGGGCCUUAUGCCAUGGCUCUUCUAAGCACAAUGACCCAUACAAUUCUCACUUUUCGCUUACCCUUCUGUGGUACAAAUAUCGUCAAUCACUUCUUCUGUGACAUUUCACCACUGCUUUCCUUAGCAUGUGCAGACACCUUGAUCAAUAAAUUAGUGCUGUUCAUCUUGGCUGGAGCAAUUGGUGUGGUCAGUGGCCUGAUCAUCAUGGUCUCCUAUGUUUGCAUCCUAGCGGCCAUCUUGAAGAUGCAGACUGUUGAUGGGAGAAGGAAAGCUUUCUCCACCUGCUCUUCUCACCUGGCAGUUGUCUCCAUCCUGUAUGGGACUCUUUUCUUUAUCUAUGUUCAGCCUGGCUCAAGUCCCUCCCUGGAUAUCAAUAAAGUGAUUUCUCUGUUUUAUACCAUGGUGACCCCCAUGUUGAACCCCCUCAUCUACAGCCUGAGGAACAAGGAGGUAAAAAAUGCACUCAGGAGGAAGUUUAAGAAAAAUUCUCUAAUGGUUUUGGCAAAAUAG